AUCCACCUGUGCGUGUCUGAGUGAUAAGAAACAGUUUCCAACCUUCUUCAGAACCAUCCCCAGUGACCAGUUCCAGGCUGCCGCUCUGGCCCGCCUCAUCAGAUACUUCGGCUGGACCUGGAUUGGGGCGGUCCGUUCCGACUCCGACUACGGUAAUAACGGCAUGGCGGCGUUCCUAAAGGCGGCACAAGAGCAGGGCAUCUGUGUGGAGUACUCUGAAGCCUUCUACCGUACCAACCCACUCAGCAGAGUGCAACGGGUGGCCGACGUGAUCCGCAGCUCCACAGCCCGGGUGGUGGUUGCAUUCGUAGCCUCUGGGGACAUGAGGAUCCUGCUGAAGGAGUUGGACCGUCUGCCCUCUCCGCCCCGCCAGUGGAUCGGGAGUGAGACCUGGAUCACCGACCCAGAUAUGGUGCGCUUCAGCCUGUGUGCCGGGGCCAUCGGAUUUGGCAUCCAGCGCUCUGUCAUCCCCGGCCUCAGGGACUUCCUCCUGGACCUCUCCCCCCAGAAGGUGUCCAGCUCUCCCCUGCUCACUGAGUUCUGGGAGGGAGCAUUUGGCUGUCGGCUGGAGAUAGGGACUACUACAGGUGUUGGGGAUAAGGAGAAGGUGUGUGAUGGUAGUGAGGAUAUACAUCAGCUACAGACCCCCUACACAGAUACAUCCCAGCUGCGUGUCACUAACAUGGUGUAUAAAGCUGUUUACGCCAUAGCACACGCCAUCCACAGCAUUGUUUGUGAAGAGAGUGCAAACUCCACUGUGCACUGUGACAAAAACCUCAAUGUGAAACCAACACAGGUCCUGGAGAGAGUGAGGAGGGUGAAUUUCUCCCGUAACGGGUACCAGGUGUCUUUCGAUGCCAACGGGGACCCAGUGGCCACCUAUGAGCUGGUGAACUGGCAGAUAGGGGAGAGUGGGAAGAUGAAAUUUGUGACAGUGGGGCGCUAUGAUGCAUCCCUGCCCCCUGACCAGAGGUUUCACAUCGAGAGGGAAAUCACCUGGGUAAAGAACAGUACACAGGUGCUUGUGUCAGUGUGCAGUGAGAGCUGUCCCCCAGGCACUCGUAAGGCUGCACAGAAAGGAAAGCCUGUCUGCUGUUAUGACUGUAUCCCAUGUGCAGAGGGAGAGAUCAGCAAUAACACAGAUUCUUCAGACUGUCUGAUCUGUCCUGAGGACCACUGGCCCAACACUGAGAGAGACCGCUGCGUCCUCAAGCCUGUGGAGUUCCUGUCCUUCCACGAGGUUCUCGGAAUAAUCCUGACUGCCUUCUCUGUGGGCGGGGCUUGUCUGGCCAUCUCCACGGCAACCGUCUUCUACCGCCACCGAACUUCGGCCAUCGUCAGGGCCAACAACUCUGAGCUGAGCUUCCUGCUGCUCUUCUCCUUGACUCUGUGUUUUCUGUGUUCUCUUACUUUCAUUGGCCGGCCCUCUGAGUGGUCCUGUAUGCUGCGCCACACAGCGUUUGGGAUCACCUUCGUCCUCUGCAUCUCUUGUGUUCUGGGGAAAACAAUAGUGGUGUUGAUGGCCUUCAGGGCUACACUUCCAGGCAGUAAUGUCAUGAAAUGGUUUGGGCCUCCACAGCAGAGAUUGACUGUAGUGUCCUUCACGUUUGUCCAGGCUUUGAUAUGCACUCUGUGGUUGGUCCUGUCCCCUCCCUUCCCCGUUAAAAACCUCACUACCUACAAGCAAAGGAUCAUUCUAGAGUGUGAUGUGGGUUCAGCUCUUGGUUUCUGGGCUGUGUUGGGGUAUAUAGGACUCCUGGCUCUCUUGUGCUUUGUGCUGGCUUUUCUGGCUCGAAAGCUGCCUGAUAACUUCAAUGAGGCCAGAUUCAUCACCUUCAGCAUGCUCAUAUUCUGUGCAGUCUGGAUCACCUUUAUCCCAGCUUAUGUCAGCUCUCCUGGGAAGUUCACUGUAGCUGUGGAGAUAUUUGCUAUCAUCGCCUCUAGCUUUGGGUUGUUCUUUUUAUUAUUUGUUCCAAAAUGCUUUAUUAUUCUGUUCAGGCCGGAGAAGAACACCAAGAAAAACCUUAUGGGGAAGAACACAUUGUAACAUUCAGUGAUAUGGUAUAUCAUACAGUUAGGUAGCACGACUCUGACAUAGAUUACCAAGAAUUUAGCAGAUAAUCAUUGGUAACAUUGUAACUAGAAACAUGACACAGGGUCACUUUGGAUAUUGCAAUGUUUUGAGUUAUUGUUCAAAUCUAGAGUGUUCAAUCUAAUUUGACCAGCUAAAUGAUGUGGUUAGCAGUAGCCUACAGAGUGGAACCACUUCCAUGUUGUUUGUAAAAAAAGAUGUAUUCCUUUAUGAUUUGAUAUAACAUUGAAGUGCAUGUG